UCUUAUGGCAAACGUUGAACGGAGCGGUUCGUUGUUGUUUUAAAUUCAUAAAAGCAAACUCGGUCGAAUAAAUUUAAAUAUUAAAUAAUUUAUAUGAAUCACUUAUAAAUUUGUUUAAAUAUUAUAUAGAAAAAUAUUAUUUAUUUAUAAAACAAAAUAUAAAAUAAAAUGAAAUUAUUAAAUAAAUUCAAACACCUCUUUGUAGAGGUUUUACUAAUCGUUUUAUUGAUCAAUUUGACAAGCUGUCAUAUGCAAGAGGCACCUACCACAGCGCCCGCCACCCAGACACACUGGCAGCGACCAGUGCAGCACGCAACGCGCAAUACGGUAACGCGUUGGAAAGUGAAUCAAACUCCUUCAACAUCGUCGUCUGUCUCAACAAACCAUAACUGUGAUUAUAAAGAAUUAAUAACGAAUUUACAUGAUCGCGUUAGCUUAUUGGCCACAGUGGAUGAGGAUCUACGCAAACGCUUGGAUAAUAUUGAAAAGAAGUGAGUCACUAAUAUUGUUUUUUA